AUGAUGAAUCACGAUAGUGAAUCACAUGUGAAAAUUUCGAGAACUAUAUAUCGAGGAGUAUCACCAAGUACAACAAGACUUGAAAGUCGAGUUCGUGAAUUAGAAGAUUUAUUGGAUUUAGAACGUGAUGCUAGAGUUCGAGCUGAACGUCAUGCAGCUGAUUUAGGUUUUCAAGUUGAUGCGCUGUCAGAACGUUUAGAUGAAGCUGGUGGUUCUACAACUCAAACUCAAUCAGCUGAAUCCAAACUAGAAGGAUUGGAUGGGCAAUUGAAUCGAUUAAAAUCAUUGACAGAUGACUUGCAGAGACAAUUAACUGAAUUGAACAAUGCCAAAUCGAGAUUGACAUCGGAAAAUUUUGAACUUUUGCACAUAAACCAAGACUACGAAGCCCAAAUUUUGAACUAUUCAAAAGCUAAAUCAUCCCUUGAAAGUCAAGUAGAUGAUCUGAAACGAUCUUUGGAUGACGAAGCUAAAGCUCGUUUCAAUCUUCAAGCUCAGCUAACAUCACUUCAAAUGGAUUAUGAUAACUUACAGGCUAAAUAUGAUGAAGAAAGUGAAGAGGCCAGUAAUUUACGCAGCCAAGUAUCUAAGUUUAAUGCUGAUAUGGCUGCAUUAAAAUCAAAGUUUGAACGUGAACUUAUCAGCAAAACAGAAGAAUUCGAGGAAAUGAAGAGGAAAUUAACCAUGCGAAUCACAGAGCUUGAAGAUACUGCAGAAAGAGAGCGAUUAAAAGCAGUCUCAUUAGAGAAACUGAAGACGAAAUUAACACUGGAAAUUAAAGAUUUGCAAUCUGAAAUAGAAAGUCUUUCAUUAGAAAAUAGCGAAUUAAUUCGUCGUGCAAAAGCCGCAGAAUCCAUGGCUGCUGAAUUACAACGUCGCGUAGAUGAGCUUACAAUUGAAGUGAACACUUUAACAUCACAAAACAGUCAACUAGAAGGGGAAAAUAUUCGCCUAAAGAGUUUAGUAAAUGAUUUAACCGAUAAAAAUAAUGCUUUAGAACGUGAGAACCGUCAAAUGAACGAUCAGGUCAAGGAAUUAAAAAGUUCUCUUCGAGAUGCUAAUCGUCGUCUUACUGAUUUGGAAGCAUUAAGAUCACAAUUAGAAGCUGAAAGAGAUAAUCUCGCUUCAGCUUUACAUGAUGCCGAAGAAGCUCUGCAUGAUAUGGAUCAAAAGUAUCAAGCUUCACAAGCUGCACUGAAUCAUUUAAAGUCUGAAAUGGAGCAGAGACUGAGAGAAAGAGAUGAAGAAUUAGAAAGUUUGAGAAAGAGUACUACUAGAACAAUUGAAGAGUUGACUGUUACAAUUACUGAAAUGGAAGUAAAGUAUAAGUCAGAGUUAUCACGUUUAAAAAAACGUUAUGAAUCAAGUAUAGCUGAAUUAGAAAUUCAACUUGAUACUACAAACAAAGCAAAUGCAAACCUUAUGAAAGAGAAUAAAAAUUUAACCCAACGUGUAAAAGAUCUAGAAACAUUUUUGGACGAAGAACGUCGACUGCGUGAAGCAGCAGAAAGUAAUCUACAAAUCACUGAAUAUAAACGUUUACAGCUGGCAAACGAAAUUGAAGAAAUGCGUAGUACCCUGGAAAAUCUAGAGCGUUUACGUAAACAUGCUGAAACAGAACUUGAAGAAGCUCAGUCACGUGUUAGUGAAUUAACUAUUCAAGUCAAUACAUUGAGUAAUGAUAAACGUCGACUUGAAGGAGACAUAGGUGUAAUACAAGCUGAUAUGGAUGACGCCAUCAAUUCUAAACAAGCUGCUGAAGAUAGAGCGACCAGACUGAAUAAUGAGGUUCUACGAUUAGCUGAUGAAUUACGCCAAGAACAAGAAAACUACAAGCAUGCUGAAGCUUUGAGAAAACAACUCGAAAUCGAAAUCCGUGAGAUCACAGUAAAAUUGGAAGAGGCGGAAGCAUUCGCCACUCGUGAAGGUCGUCGUAUGGUUCAAAAAUUACAGGCUCGUGUACGUGAACUUGAAGCAGAAUUCGAUGGUGAAUCACGUAGAUGUAAAGAUGCACUAGCUCAAGCACGUAAGUUUGAGCGCCAGUAUAAAGAAUUGCAAACACAAGCAGAAGAUGAUCGCCGGAUGGUUCUUGAACUUCAAGAUUUGUUAGACAAAACUCAAAUGAAAAUGAAAGCUUAUAAACGUCAGUUAGAAGAAAUGGAGGAAGUUUCUCAAAUUACAAUGAAUAAGUAUCGUAAAGCACAACAACAAAUUGAAGAAGCUGAACAUCGGGCAGAUAUGGCUGAACGUACAGUGACUGUACGUCGUGUUGGUCCAGGUGGACGUGCUGUAUCAGUAGCGCGUGAACUAUCCGUCACUUCAAACAGAGGAAUGAGAGCAACAAUCAAUUACAAUUGCAAAUCUUUAAUUUCCAGUGUUAAUUUCGUCUUCAGUUUCUCUAAUGAGACUGCUUUUAAUCGCUCUCUUUCUGCAGUAUCUUCAAGCUCUGUGAUUCGCAUGUUCAGAGGUUCGUAG